AGUCUGGUUCGACUGGUUUAGUCAUUUAUGCCAAUCUCCUUGUCUCUACGUUAAAAUGAUACACAUUCAUCAAGUUACUGGCGGUGAACUUAAAUAAGCAGAUGUCUAACAAGUUUGCAUCAUAUCAAAACAGAUAUUGAUAUACAUUUUAUGAAAUAUGAAUGUAUGUUCUAAAAAUAAUUAAACGCCAUUUCAGUUCUGAAGUAAAUGGAAAAAGUAUGGUUAGAAUCCUUAAUGUUGCUGAGAAAAAUGAUGCUGCAAAAUCAAUUGCAAAUGUUCUGUCAAGAGGAAGUUCCAGAAAGCGAGAAGGAUUUUCCAAAUUCAACAAAAUAUAUGAAUUUGAAUACAACAUUCUGAAUAUGAACAACUGUACAAUGUCAAUGACAAGUUUAUCAGGGCAUUUGUUGGAGAUGGAUUUCAUUGGUCAAUACAGAAAAUGGUAUAGCUGCAGUCCUGUUACUUUAUUUGAUGUUCCAGUAGAAAAACAUUGUCAUCCAAAUAUGGUGGACAUUAAGAGAACAUUAGAACGUGAAAUACGAGGUUGCCAGCAUUUAAUUAUAUGGACAGAUUGUGACAGAGAAGGAGAAAACAUUGGUUUUGAAGCCAUCCAAGUCUGUAAAGCAGUUAAGCCAAAUAUUCCAGUUUACAGAGCCAAAUUUUCAGAAAUUACACCACAAGCAAUAGCAAGAGCAUGUAGUAAUUUAAUUCGACCAGAUAAAAACGUUAGUGAUGCAGUUGAUGUGAGACAAGAGCUUGACUUGAGAAUAGGUGCUUCUUUUACCCGAUUCCAGACUUUACGUCUACAGAAAAUCUUUCCUGAUGUAUUAGCAGACCAGUUAAUUAGUUAUGGUAGUUGUCAGUUUCCAACUAUGGGCUUUGUUGUGGAGAGAUAUAAACAAGUUCAGGCUUUUAUACCAGAACCAUUCUGGAAAUUAAAAGUUUCUCAUAGUCAUGAAGAUGGAGAUUGUGAAUUUACAUGGAAAAGAAAUCGUCUUUUUGACCAUCUUGCUUGCCUGGUGCUGUACACACAUUGCAUUGAGAAUCCAGUUGCUAAAGUAGUAGAUGUCAAAUCUAAAACAAAGAGUAAAUGGAGGCCAACAGCUUUAGAUACAGUUGAAAUGGAAAAGUUAGCAUCAAGAAAAUUGAGGAUUAAUGCCAAAGAAACAAUGAAGAUUGCAGAGAAGUUAUAUACACAGGGAUUUAUAAGUUAUCCUCGUACAGAAACCAACAUGUUUCCUAAAGAAUUAGAUUUACAGAAAUUAGUAGAAGAUCAGACCAGGGAUAAUAAUUGGGGAGAUUUUGCCAGGAGAGUUUUAGAAAAUGGUCCUAAUCCUAGGAAUGGUAAUAAGACUGACCAGGCCCAUCCUCCUAUACAUCCAACAAAGUAUACAGAUAAUUUACAGGGAAAUGAAAAGAAAGUAUAUGAAUUUGUGGUUCGACAUUUCUUGGCAUGUGUUUCCCAGGAUGCACAGGGGUUUGAGACAACUGUUGAAGUUGAUAUAGCUAAUGAAAAGUUUACAGCCCAAGGAUUAAUGAUUACAGCCAAGAAUUAUCUGGAAGUAUAUGUUUAUGACAAAUGGAAUGCCAAGGUUAUUCCUGUUUAUAAUAAAGGAGAUUCAUUCCAACCAAACUCCAUUGAGAUGGUUGCCAGUGAAACAAGUCCUCCAUCUUUACUGACAGAAGCUGAUCUUAUAGCAUUGAUGGAUAAACAUGGAAUAGGAACAGAUGCAACACAUGCCGAUCACAUUGAAACCAUUAAAAGUAGAAUGUAUGUUGGUGUGAAGCCUGAUGGGAAAUUUGUUCCAGGACAGUUAGGAAUGGGACUGGUUGAAGGUUAUGAUUCCAUGGGAUAUCAGAUGUCCAAACCAAAUUUACGUGCAGAACUGGAGGCUGAUCUUAAAAGGAUUUGUGAAGGAAAGAAGAAUAACAUUGAUGUUUUACAGCAGCAAGUAGCAAAAUACAAAGAAGUGUUCGUGGAAGCCUGUAAACAGGCCAUAAAAUUAGAUACAGCAUUGUCAACAUAUUUGGGUGAAGCUAAGGAUUUGCCUGUUGAAGAUGUUCUGAAUAUUAUGGCCUCUUUACCAGUAAAGAAAUGUCCAAAUUGUGGUCAAGAUAUGACCUUGAAAACAAAGAAAGAUGGAAAAGGACAUUACAUCGGUUGUAUGGGUUAUCCUGGAUGUAAGAGUGCUAUAUGGUUACCUGACUUUGUACUAGAAGCCACAGUAGAGGAAGCAGUUUGUCAGAGGUGUUUACCAAAUGAAGUAAAGAAUAUCAAGUUUAAGUUUAAAAGAGGAUCGGUUCCUCCAAUGGUUCCAACAGAGUAUACUGGUUGUAUAGGAGGAUGUGAUGAAAUGUUAAAUGAAGCACUUAAUUUAUCAGCGUCUCGGCCAGUAAGACCAUCAAAUGUUUCAACUCAAAGACCUAGUAACAAUACUUCACUGAAUACAUCUAUACCAGAUAGUGGAUAUGGUAGUUCAGGACCUUCACGUUCAUUUUCUACCCAGAAUUCAUCACUUCAAACACAAAAUUCUUAUCAAAGAAACACAAAUCAAAGACAGCCAUUUCAACAGAAUAAUAGUCCCUUUCAAAGAGGACAAAAUCAGAACAGAAAUGAUAGUUCUUCUGUGCCAAAUAGAUUCAGUAGCCCCUCAAUGAAUAAUCCCAGAGGAAGUGAAAAUCAAAAUAGGGGAGAUAACCCACGAGUGCCUCUCUUGCCAGUACAACCAUUUAAUAGAAGUGCUGCGAGUGGACAGUCUGAUGGUUCCAAUUCUGUUGUAUGUAAUUGUGGUGAAGAUGGUGUUUUAUUAACAGUCAGAAAAGAAGGUCCAAAUACAGGAAGACAGUUUUAUAAAUGUGGUGGUUCUAAGUGUCAAUUUUUUCUUUGGGCUGAUGAGGCUGGGGAAAACAGAAAUAAUACUUCUGGCUCAAGUAGUGGGUAUGGAGGAAGUGGAGCUAAUUCAUAUAGAGGAAAUGAUUCUGGUUUUUCAUCAACACAAAGAAGUUAUCCUCCUACAGCAAAUGAUAGUGGUGAUCCUUGUUGUAAAUGUGGCAACCCUGGCAAAAGUUUAACAGUCCAGAAAGAAGGACCAAAUAAAGGGAAACAAUUCUUUGGCUGUUCUAAACCUAGAGGUGAAGGAUGUAACUUUUUUCAAUGGGCAGAUGAAAAUUCAGGUACCAGUGGAAACUGGGGGAGUGGUGGAGGGGGAGGUAAUGAUGGAUGGGGUGGAGGGAGUAAUAGAGGAGGAGGGGGAAAGAAACGGGGAGCAAGUUCUACAUCCAAUGAACCUGGUGCUAAAAGAGCCAGGAAAUGUGGGCUGUGUGGUGUGGAAGGACAUACUAAGAAGACCUGUCCACACAAAUAGAACAACGACUGUGAUAGAAGAUAACUUGUUUUAUUAUUGUUUUUAUAUAAAAUCAUAACACCUCA